AUGAACUAUAUCCGCAAGAACCACAAUGAAGAAAAUCACCUGAGGGGACGGAGUGUUGUAGCGGCCUCAAGAUACAACCCAGAGCGGUUGCUGCCUUUCAAAAUUUCCCUCGUACAUCUGAACAUCAUGGCCUUUCGAAAGCCAGUUAUUUGGGCGUGUUUGAUGAGAGCGAUUUUUGACGGAGGCCUCCAGCUACGUGUUCGAGCGACUACAGUCCAGCUCUGCCAUAUGCCUCCCCAUGUGGCUUACCAGGUUCAGUCUAUGAUUUGCUUAUCCAUGCGGCGAUGGAUCCUAUUGCGGGACAUUCUACAAGCUCGGGAAGAUGAAGACAAGCUGGUAAAUCUCCAGCGGCCGGAUCUCUCACAAUCUACAUUUCACUUCAUGUUACAUCAUAGACCAUUCCGCGUCAGCCGUUGGAGCACAAGAGAAGCUGUGCGUCGUCCUCAUCUUUCCGAGAAAACCCACACCCGUACCGCACUCUUGCCCACAGUGGUUGCCAACCAUGAUGUGGUACGCCCCAAGUGUUAG